GCCCUUCCCCGCUCACUCGUGGAAACACAGAGGCAGGAGUCACGGCUCUGACUGGGCAGCAUUGAGCGUAGCGCUCUGUUGUGUUUUUCUUUUUGUUGCUCUGUAUCGACGAGGAUGUGCUUUUGAGGCUUAUUGGAGUUGUUUGGUGCACUUUUCUCGCAUGGUACUCUUCUGUUUUUGUUCUGAGAAUGAAGAAGUGAAUCAUCUGCGAUCACAGUCAUGGCUGUCCAGACUGGCAUUCAGGUAUGGUUUGGAGAAAAGUUCGAUGCCCCGUUGCUGAGUCCCAGGAGCCCUCGCAGCCCGUUGGCGCAGAGACACGGCCCCGGCCUCGCAGACGUCUUCCAGUACGACCAGUGGCUGGCCGUGAGACAUGAAGCCAACCUGGUGCCCAUGCAGGAGGACCUGGCCAUCUGGCUCACCGGCAUGCUGGGAGAGGAGGUGCGAGCCGAGUUCUUCAUGGAGGAGCUGAACAACGGCGUGAAGCUCUGCCAGCUUAUCGGCGUGCUGCAGACCAAGAUCGCCGAGAGCUGCCCCUCCGCGCUCUGCAAGCUGUUCCCCACGAGGAAGGUUGCUUGUAAGCGCGACGCCUCUCCGGGUUCCUUCUUCGCUCGUGACAACACUGCUAACUUCCUGUCCUGGUGUCGCCACAUCGGGAUGGAGGAGACCUACCUGUUCGAGUCAGAAGGCCUGGUGCUGCACAAGGAGCCUCGGCAGGUUUGCCUCUGUCUCCUGGAGAUCGGCCGUAUUGUCUCCAAGUACGGCGUGGAGCCCCCUGUGCUGGUGAAGCUGGAGAAGGAGAUCGAGCUGGAGGAGACUCUGCUGAUGACCGAGGAGCCGCGUCCCGCCGUCAAAACCUUCAGCGUGUGCUGCCAGCACGGCGGCCUCUACCAGCCCGGGGAGCACGGCAUGGACGACCCUCCCUGCAACUGCUCCAACAGAGUCUCCAUUGAGUACCUGUCUGAGGGGCGCUACAGACUGGGAGACAAGACCCUCUUUAUCCGGAUGCUUCAUGGGAAACACGUGAUGGUGCGCGUCGGCGGCGGCUGGGACACGCUGCGCGGCUUCCUGACGAAGUACGACCCGCUGCGCGUGCUGCAGUUCACCACCCUGGAGCAGAAGAUCCUCGCCUUCCAGAAAGGCCCCCCCGGCCUGGGAGGUCACCACGGCAACACGGCCCCGCCCCCUUCCCCCGACAUGGACCCCCUCGCCGCCGUCAACGACCUCAUCUCCUCCUCGUCUUCGUCCUCCUCCUCCUCGUCGACGUCCUCGUCCUCCAGCUCCGCCUGCAAGCCGAUGAACGCUGCCGGUCAGACGUGUCGGUCCUACACCCCCUCCCCCGCCUGCACCCCCACCCUGUCCAGGAAAGGUUCUGUCUCGGUGCCCAAGAAGAACCUCAUGGGGACGCCGUCCUCCCCCAGGAAGCCCACCCAGCUGCCCCUACCCGUCACCACCAAAGGCUCCUCCUCUCUGCCCGCCACGCCUGUGGGAGGUUCCUCUAAACAGUCCCCUAGCCCGGUGGGGGGUCACGGUGCUCAGGGACCUCGCAGAGCCCUGACUCCAUCCUCCAGUCCGUCACCCACGCCCCCAGACCCAAGUACCGCCUCCAAACUCAAGCUCAGGCCGUCACCACGCGGCCCCGCCUCCCAGCCCAGGAGCCCCGUCUGCCCCGAGCCGUCCUCUAAAUUUCCAAAACCCUCGACGCCCUGCACCUCCCCCACCGCCUCCUCUGUUCCCCGCCCAAUCACAGCACCAGCACGAGUCCCCGCCCCUAAAGACGGCCGACCUCCAACCGGUGCCGGCCAGCGCUCUCGCCUCGCACAGCGCCGUCCCGGUUCACCUGCAUCACGCCUCCGAUUAGAGGGGGCGAGGCGGGUGAGGACGGCCGCGAGGGCCGCAGCGGCUCCAACAAGAGUCGCUGUUUCGGCCCCUCAAACCCGGACCCCCACCCCAAUUUCCCGCACGGCCUCCCCGGGGCUGCAGAAGCCGACCUGCCCCCUCCCCAAGAGCAAAGAGGUCAAAGCCAAGGCUCCGACUAAAGCCGCCGCUGCCCUUCCACGCAGCACCGCCGCCGUCCCCGGGCGGGUCCCGCUCGGCAACACGGGCCCGCCUCCCACCAGCAGAACCAAUCAGAAGACAGCAGCCACGGCACAGAGGGUGGGCCGAAAACAAACCCCCAACAACGAGAAGUCCACUCUGAAACCUGAACUGUCCCCGGGACCGGCCCUUGCCCCGCAGAAAAGCAGCCCCAACGUCAAAGCGGGGAAGACGGAGCCGAGCGUCCGCAAGAAGAUCCCGCAGUACAUCGGCAAGAGCGAGGACGCUUACUUUGAAAUGAACGGCAGGAGGAAGCAGAGGACGUAACUGCACGGCCUCUGACGCUGAUCACACAUCAGCAAGCAGCACUUGUUGGAUCUCAGACUCUU